AUGGGGCACAUGCUGAUGGCUGUGUCAUCUGACGGAGUGUGCACCAUGGGCACGGCUGGUAUCCCAGUAUCUUCUGUACAAAGAGUGUCAGGAACGUCAGGAUUACCCUUGAACUUUCAGCAGCAUGCUAUGGCAUCGCAGUUUGUCCAAUCCAAUGGCGUCAACAAGCAAGCUAUAGCUAGUAAUAGCCGCAGUUCAACCAAGGUUGAGAAGGUGGCUAGGAUUUUGGUCAGCUACAUUCUUUGCGGUCAAGUUAUCUUGCUACUAACAGUGUUGCUUUUGCUUUUGGAAGGAAUACACUCCCAGAAUUCAUCAGACACAUCCGGAUAGAGAGCAACAGCUGCAUUCAAUGAGCAGCCACAGGAUAACGUCACGUCGUAUCAUAUCAUACCAGGUGAAUGCGUGAGUUAUACUGAACUAUAUGGAUAUAGGCCCCCGUCGCCAGUUGUCUUCUGCAGUUAUCUACCCGAGGAGUUCAUACACUGUCAAGAUCCAGUGGACCAUGCACAGAACUCCACUGCCAUUCUGGAGAUGGGACAUGGUUGUUGGAAGUUUGGAGGGCAGGUACACAAAGAUGUGAAUCACACACCAGUCAUCUACGACAUUGAGUGUGCUGGACACAGGGAGUUCCUGAGAGGGAAUGAGUAUUGUGUGGUAUACACUGGCUACUAUUUCAUCACCACUCUGCUGUAUUCCUUCUUCCUGGGGUGCUUUUGAGUGUACCGGUUCUGCCUGGGGCACAGCACAGCUGUGGGCAAGCUGCUGACCCUAGGAGGCCUGGGCAUCUGGUGGUUCAUGGACCUCAUCACCGGAGGCCUGAUGCCUAGUGACAACAGCUACUGGUGCACCUUCUACUGA